AUGCCAAGCCUUGCUGUCCUGGGCCUCAGCCUCGCGGCUCUCUUGAGUCCUGGGACGGGGGCCCCACUGUGCCUGUCACAGCAGCUCAAGAUGUCAGGGGACUACAUGCUGGGCGGGCUCUUCCCCCUGGGCACGGCCGAGGAGGCCAGCCUCCGUGGCAGGAUGCAGCCCAGCAGCCCUGUGUGCACCAGGUUCUCAGCCCCCGGCCUGCUCUGGGCGCUGACCGUGAAGAUGGCCGUGGAGGAGAUCAACAACGAGUCCACCCUGCUGCCGGGGCUGCGCCUGGGCUACGACCUCUUUGACACGUGCUCAGAGCCCGUGGUGGCCAUGAAGCCCAGCCUCAUGUUCCUGGCCGAGAUCGGCAGCCGCGACAUCGCCGCCUACUGCGACUACACACGCUACCGGCCUCGCGUGCUGGCUGUCAUCGGUCCCCACUCCUCGGAGCUCGCCCUGGUCACGGGCAAGUUCUUCAGCUUCUUCCUCAUGCCCCAGGUCAGCUACGGCGCCAGCAUGGACCGGCUCAGCACCCGGGAGACCUUCCCCUCCUUCUUCCGCACGGUGCCCAGCGACCGCGUGCAGCUGACGGCCAUGGUGGAGCUGCUGCAGGAGUUCGGCUGGAACUGGGUGGCCGCGCUGGGCAGCGACGACGAGUACGGCCGGCAGGGCCUGAGCAUCUUCUCGAGCCUGGCCAACGCGCAGGGCAUCUGCAUCGCACACGAGGGCCUGGUGCCGCUGCCCCACGCCGACGGCCCGCAGCUGGGCAAGGUGCAGGACGUGCUGCACCAGGUCAACCAGAGCAACGUGCAGGUGGUGGUGCUGUUCGCCUCCGUCCACGCAGCCUACAACCUCUUCUCCUACAGCAUCCGCUACAAGCUCUCUCCCAAGGUGUGGGUGGCCAGCGAGGCCUGGCUGACCUCAAACCAGGUCAUGGCGCUGCCCGGCAUGGCCCAGGUGGGCACCGUGCUCGGCUUUCUGCACCGAGGCACCCCGCUGCCCGAGUUCUCCAACUACGUGCAGACCUGCCUGGCCCUGGCCGCCGACCCGGCCUUCUGUGCCUCGCUGAGCAUGGAGCAGCCAGACCUGGAGGAGCACGUGGUGGGGCCGCGCUGCCCACAGUGCGACCAUAUCACGCUGCAGAACGUGUCCGCCGAGCUGAGGAACCACCGGGCCUUCGCCGCCUACGCAGCCGUGUACAGCGUGGCCCAGGCCCUGCACAACACCCUGCAGUGCAACAGCUCGGGCUGCCCCGCGCGGGAGCCCGUGCAGCCCUGGGAGCUCCUGGAGAACAUGUACAACAUGAGCUUCCAUGUUCGCGGCCUGGCACUGCAGUUCGACAUCAACGGGAACGUGGACAUGGAGCAUGACCUGAAGCUGUGGGUGUGGGGGCAACGAACACCCACGCUCCUCACUGUGGGCACCUUCCACAAGCACCUCCAGCUGCAGCACGGGAAGAUCUCCUGGCACACAGCCCACAACCAGACGCCAGUGUCCCAGUGCUCGCGGCAGUGCCGAGAGGGCCAGGUGCGCCGAGUGAAGGGCUUCCACUCCUGCUGCUACGACUGCGUGGACUGCAAGGCAGGCAGCUACCAGCACAGCGCAGAUGACCUCACCUGCACCCCGUGCAACCAGGAUGAGUGGUCCCCGGAGCGGAGCACACGCUGCUUCCGCCGGACGACCAAGUUCCUGGCGUGGGGGGAACCGGCCGUGCUGCUGCUGCUCCUGCUGCUGGGCCUGGUGCUGGGCCUGGUGCUGGCCGCCCUGGGGCUGUUUGUCCACCACCUGGACAGCCCGCUGGUGCAGGCCUCGGGCGGGCUUCUGGCCUGCUUUGGCCUGGCCUGCCUGGGCCUGGUCUGCCUCGGCAGCCUCCUGUUCCCCGGCCGGCCGAGCCCCGCCAGCUGCCUGGCCCAGCAGCCGCUGUCGCACCUCCCGCUCACCGGCUGCCUGAGCACACUGUUCCUGCAGGCGGCCAAGACCUUCGUGGAGUCGGAGCUGCCGCCCAGCUGGGCGGACUGGCUGCGGGGCCGCCUGCAGGGACCCUGGGCCUGGCUGGCGGUGCUGCUGGCCGUCCUGGUAGAGGCGGCGCUGUGCACCUGGUACCUGACAGCCUUCCCGCCAGAGGUGGUGACAGACUGGCAGGUGCUGCCCACAGAGGCGCUGGUGCACUGCCGCAUGCACUCCUGGGUCAGCCUCGGCCUGGUGCACGCCACCAACGCCACGCUGGCUUCCCUCUGCUUCCUGGGCACCUUCCUGGUGCAGAGCCGACCCAGGCGCUACAGCCACGCCCGCGGCAUCACCUUCGCCAUGCUGGCCUACCUCAUCAUCUGGGUCUCCUUCGUGCCCCUCCUGGCCAACGUGCAGGUGGCCUACCAGCCAGCCGUGCAGAUGGGCGCCCUCCUCCUCUGCGCCCUGGGCAUCCUGGCCGCCUGCCACCUGCCCAAGUGCUACCUGCUGCUGUGGCAGCCCGAGCUCAACACCCCCGAGUUCUUCCUGGGAGGGGGUCCCGGGGAUGCCACAGGCAGGGACAGCGGUCAGGGUGAGGAAGGAACUCGGAGCAAGAACAAGUGAGCCCCCACCCAGUGGCCCCACCCCCGUGGCUUCCUCGAGAUCUCCCAACCCAGCAACCCCCAAUGCUCUCCAUUAAGACCCUCCCGCUCCAGGUUCUGACCCCAAGUUGUCUGCUGACCUUGACCCCAUGGUGACCGCCAGGCCUGCAGCACACAGGAGGGGCCCGUGCGACCCCACCACCUGGGGCCCAGAGAGCCCAGCUCUGGCCCCGACCUGCUGGGCCCAACCAAGGCCUGCCCGGGGGCUCAGCCCCACUGUUCCAGAAGGAGCCCGCACCGCGGAGUCAGCAAGGCGGGCAGGAGAGCCCCCACAGCAGGCCCCACUGACCUGGUCAUGCCCACCUGGGGCCCCCACCCAGCACCCCACCCCAGCAUCGCGGGAAUGGGGGGGCACAGGCGUGUACCCAGGGAGGAGGGGGUGUCCUGCCCUCCCUGACCCAGCCCUCGUGGGCAGGCUGGGGUCCGUGCCUGCCACCAGCACCGUGGACAGAGCCCGGGCAGAGGUGGGGGGUCAGCACCACGGCCAGCACCAGCCACCAGGACCCCUGGAGCCAGGAGCCAGCACCAAGGACAGAAAACUGCCCGCCAGGACCCAGGACCCGCUGCCAGCCAGCACCAGGGACAGAGCGUGGGACCAGCAGGAGCAGAGGACAGCACCCGGCCAGGCCCCGAGCAGGGCUUGGGUCGGUCCUGGGGGCAGCUCUUGGCAGGGCCCUUGGGGGAGGCUGCACCGACCCCCAUGCCCCGUCUACGGCAGCAUCACCGAGG